AUGAAGCGGCGGAAAUACGAACCCGAUCACACCAAUAUUGAGUUGAAACUGCUACUUCAGAAUUUGAAAAAGCAGUCAAAAAUAUUAAACAACAAUUUAGAAUCUCGGAAUCACUCUAGUAAAAUAGGGUGUAAGCAAAGGUAUAUGGAUCUUAUGGAUAUUGAUAUGUUUUUAAGUAGAAAUUCUAAGAAUACUGAAGAAAAAACCUGUCA